AUGAAACGUGGAAGCACGGUGGAUUCAUGUCUUCAAUGCAAACCAUGUAAAAAGCAUGUCGAACAAAAUUGUUCGGAUUUAUGUUUAGCCUAUUCAAUUACUGAACUUGAUAAAGUAACACAAAUCUACGGAGGUUGUUCGAGAAUAUUUUUUUUGCAAAAUUCCAAAAGUUUGCCACUGGAUGCAGUGACACCGUUACUCUCUGCAGGCAUUACAACUUAUUCACUUUUACGUCGUCUUAAAGCUGUUCUAAAAUGUUCACGGUAG